GAAGUGUUAAACGAAGGCCGAGAUGCAGUAUACCGUUUAAUGAUAUCACAUGCUGAUUUUGAUAGCCAACUCUUUUUAGCCAGAAAGUUGAAAGACGUGAAAACCACGUUAGACAUAUAUUUCCUACAAAUGAAAUAUGAAGAGGCAUUGGAAAUUAUCGCUCUUCAGUCUAAUCCGGAGUAUUUCUACAAGUAUUCUCCAAUUCUCAUUGAACACGUACCAAUUGAACUAGUAAAUUUAUGGAUUGAGAGGGAGAAGUAUUUGUCGCCAGAAAAAUUGCUUCCAGCACUUUACCGCUGUCAGCAGAAUCCAAAGAUGGUUGCCGCCGCUUUCCAGUAUUUAAAGAAAAUUAUUCAAGGGAGCAAUGCUUCAAAACCAGUUCACAAUUUCAUGAUUACUUUGCUGUCUAGAUACAAGACUGAAGAACUCUUAACUUAUUUGACGGGUUUUGGUUACGACAAAAGUAAAGUUCCGUAUGACGUAGAAUAUGCCCUGCGUAUCUGUUUAGAAAAAGAAGAACUAAAACAGUGCUCAGUAUUCCUCUACUGCAUUGAUGGACUUUACGACGAAGCGGUUUCUCUAGCAUUAACUAUCGACGUAGACUUAGCAAAGGAGUGUGCGAAACGGAUGAAAGAUGACAGGGACGACAGUAUUUAUGAAUUUUUUGAGCAGAAGCAGGACUUGGCAUUAGAAGCCAGAAGAAACGUUUGGCUAAAAAUUGCAAGGCACAUUAUUGAAGUGCAAAAAGAUGUUGUUGCUUGUAUCGACCUCUUGAAAGAGUCUGAUGAUGCCCUAAAGAUACAAGAUGUUCUUCCAUUUUUUCCUGAUUUUGCGAGCAUCAGACACUUUAAGGAACCGUUGUGUAAGUGUCUCAGGGAACAUUCAGGGAAAAUCAAAGUAAUCCAGCGACAAAUGAAAGAAGCUACUGAAACUGCUCAGCAAGUUCGAAUGAUGUCUGAAAAGUUGAAGAAGAAGUUAGUACCAUUUGUUAUAGUUCAUUUGUGUAAAAGGCUGGUUAUAAUUAGAGGUUCCGACCACUGUUCACUUUGCGACUCACUUGUUAUGGAUCGUCCAUUUUAUGCGUUUAAUUGCAAACAUUUUUUUCAUCGAGAUUGCAUUGAAAAAGAAUCUAUUGCGUCAUUCAGCAAAGAGGAAACGUCGGAAUAUCGCAUAUUACGGGACAAAGAAAAGCUUUUACAGAAAAUGCUAGAUGAUGCUGGUAAAGGCAUGUCUCAGCCGCUAAAGAAACAACGCGAAAUUCGCGAAGAUCUGGCAAAGAUUCGUUUAAAAUUAAGCGAUAUGAUCACUGGGGAGUGCUUACUAUGUGGAGUAGCGAUGAUAAAGUCUGUUGGGACAGCCUUUUACAGUGCUGAGGAAUACAGUGAUGAGCUUUCGAGGUGGUGA